AUGCGCAUAAGAUUGUUAUUUAAAAUCUUAUAUAAAAAUAUUCGUGAAAAAUGGAUUCAAUUGAACCUAUUCGAAUCGCGAUCAACUGAUCCAAUAAUUCUUCGUCGAGAAAUUUUAUCAACUCGUGUCUAUAUUCUUCUCCUUUGCAUAUCUUUUCUUACCAUCACAAUUUUCACCUCGAUCACCAAUCAAUAUGAAAGUCAAACGAUUUCAUCUCCGGAUUAUUCUUCAUAUACAAAUCUUCAAAAGAAAUAUUCGAAUAGUUUGACAUGUUCAUGUACAAAAGCUACAAUUGUUUAUCAACAUUUUGUUGAUAUCAAUGCUUUAUUUCAUCGCGUGUGUUCAAGUGAUUUCAUAUCACAACAAUGGAUCGAUUUCCUCUUUCAAGUUGAUUCGACUUCAAUUUAUCCGAUUGACAUACGAACGAGUCUAAGUGCAAUGUGGCAGUUAAUUAACUAUUUUUGUCAAAGUUCAAUCACAACAGUUGUCGAUGCACUUGAUCAAUUUAAGAAAUCAUCAUUAAUUAGUCUUAUGUUAUUAACUGAAGAUUUCUUAGCAGCAAAAAUUCAAUCCACAUUAAAUUCCUUAAUUGAAAUGGUUUCAUUAAAUUUCAUUCAAUCAAUAUCAAUUGUUAAUAAAAUCACACAUGCAAAUCAAUUAAUGACAGCAUUAUCAACAAAUUCGAUUCCAAUAACAGAAAAAUAUCAAUAUAUGGAUAUAAAUUUUCCAACAUUCCACACUCCAAUAAUGCCUUUAUCGAUUUAUGUUGGAAUGUUUGAAAAUAUAUUUCUAUUUCCAAAUUCUACAAUACCUUGUUUAUGUAAAAAUAAUGUCUCUUGUCCAUUACUUGGGAGUAUCUAUUCUUAUAAUUUAUCUAUACUACUUGGAGUUUAUGAUCUCAAUCGAAUUCAACCAAUAGAAACAUUUGAGGGUUUAAUGGUUGAUUGUCUACCGAUUCAAACAACAUUUUUAUCAACAUUACAAUGUUUUUAUAAUCGAACAUGUUUAGAACGUCUUCUUUCAUUUUAUCCCAAGCAAUUCAGUAUUUCAGUUCUUAAUGAAUUCGAUUCAUCACGUUUCAAUCAAACAACUAAAAUUGAACUUCUUAUAACUGAACUUUUCAUCGAAGAAAUUCGUUCGAAAAUCCAUUACAAAGAAUAUUAUUCUCAAUGCAAACCAAAUUUUUGUUAUUAUAUCCAUUUGAAUCGUUUCAAUACAAUUUAUAUUCUAACUACUCUCUUUGGCCUUUUAGGAGGGGUAACAGCAGUAUUACGUUUAAUUGCUCCACUCAUUGUUCAAUUGAUGAUAUUUUUCAAAAAUGCUUGUUGUUCAAAGAAAUCCAAAGCAAUCAGACAACACCAGAAUGAAGUCCAACGAAGUCGUUUAAGACGAAUUUAUCAAAAGCUCGAAAGCAAACUGAUCGAUCUGAAUGUCUAUAGUCGACAUUCUCGUGAUAAAAUUCGCGUCUAUCAUGGUGUUUUGUCCACAUGGUUAUAUGUAACAUUAUUAUUAAUUUCAAUCAUAAUAAUAAUUUUAUUUUCUAAUUUAUCAAAUCAAACAAUCAAUGAAACAUUUGCAAAUCCAACUUGGAAACUAUAUCAACGUUUAUAUGAGAAAUAUUCUACAAAAUUAUUUUGUCCAUGUACUCAAAUUUUGGUACAGUAUGAAGAUUUCACAAAAAUUCAAGUAAGACUUCAUCAAAUAUGUUCAAGCGAUUUGAUUCGACCAUCUUGGUAUGAAAAUUUCCUUUCUUCGAAUUCUUUUAAAAGAAGACUUGAAUUUUUAUCAUUCGCUUCAUCAUAUUUUCGAACAUUAGCAGCUUUUUGUGAUUUCGCAAAUACAACAAUUCAUGAUUCAAUUCAACGCUUUUUAAAAACCGAUUUUGUCAAUGGACAACUUUUGUCGAAUCAUUCAUUUCUUCUAACAAUGAAUUCAUUAAUCCAUCAAUUGAUUCGCUCAAUUCGAACUGAUUUUCAUUAUAAAAUGUCUUUAACCACUCUUUCAAUUCAAAGUAAUUAUUACGUUAGUCAGAUGAGAGUUAGUGCUGAUCUAAAAGCGCUACAAAUGACUAAUGCAACUGGCCAUUAUGGAGCAACGAUAAAUGUCUAUGCACCAUAUAUUUAUAAUAUGACAGGUCAAUAUUGUCAUUGUAUUCGUGAUUGGUCAUGUCCAGUGAAUUUUCAAAUAUUUCUCCACGGUUACUUCGUUGAGAUUGAUUGGCAAUUGGAAGGAAUAUAUGGUGGUUGUUCGAUUGUUGAUUUAGUACUUCGAUCUUCAAUGAUAUGUUGGUUUAAAAAAGGUUGUUUAACACGACUGCAAAUACUUGCAGAUAUAUCGAAAUUUGUCUCUGUGAAAGCACUUGAUCCGAAAUUACCUAGUCGAUAUUCUUCGGAUAGUUUAAUCGAGAGAAUUUUUGAUGAAAUGAUGGUUGAAGAUUGGAAUUAUUCAUAUUCUUAUGAACAAUUUUAUCAUAAAUGUCGGCCGAAAUCUUGUUCAGUGACUUAUGAAAGGAAAAGGAAUAUUUUGUAUAUAAUUACGUUCAUUCUUAGUCUUAUUGGAGGAGUUAAUAUUACUCUACGAAUGAUUUCUCCUUUUAUUAUCAAAAUUAUUAUGAAAAUUAUUGCGAAAGUGAAACAAUCGAAAAGGCUACUAAUACAAAUUACACGAGAAGAUCAACAUCAAAAUAACACAAUUCUUAAUCGUUUUAACAAGCGAAUACUUGGAAUCAAAGACAAAUUAGAAAUUUUAAAUGCAUUUGAUAGUGAAUCAAAUGACAUUGAAACAAUUGACCGUGAACGAAUAUCAACAAGAUUUUAUUUCUUUAUUCUGAUAGUUUCUAUCGCCAUUAUAAUCAUCUAUACAGUUUAUUCAAGUGUUAUUGUAAUGAAAUCAAUUUCAAAUCCUUCUCAAGAUGAAUAUCACAAAUUGUUCAUACUCCAUUCUAAGUCGCUCGAUUGUCCUUGUUCGAAAAUAUCCAUUGAAUAUAAACAUUUUAUGCAAAUAGAGACAAGACUUCAUUCAGUAUGUGUAAGCGAUUUCAUUAAAAGAGAAUGGCGUGAUUAUUUGGCAUAUCAAAUAGAGUAUAACUUUCAUCGAUCUGAUCUUCGCACACGAGGUAAAGAAUAUUUUUCGUUUCUUUCAUCUCUAUGUCAAUUACUUGAAACAACAAUCCAUGAUGCCAUUGAUCAAUUCCUUAAUGGCACAUUUAUUAACAUUCGAUUAAUAUCAAAAUCAGAUUUUGAAAUGCAAAUCAACAAUACGAUUUCACAAUUUCAACUUACAAGUUCAGCAAAAUUUUCUCGAAGUUUUCAACUGAUCCGUAAUAUAUUGGAUGGAAAUGCUUUUGUGUCUGGACAUUUAUUAAAUUGGGAAUGGUGGAGAGAUCUAACACGUAUUUUCUAUACGAUUCCUACACGUCCAAUCAUAAUCAACAACGAAUGUUCUUGUGGAACACGAAGUGAUUGUAAGGAACCAGCCAGAAUCUUUUACUUAAUCCCUCAUGGUAGCACGGUCGAUUUUUCUAUACCUGGAUGGAACAUUGGAUGUUCAGUCGUUGAAACAGUGUUACAUUCAACAUUGGAAUGUUUUUACGAUCGAAAUUGUACUGAUUUAUUAUUAUAUCAUCUUAAAAGAUCCACUCAUCCUUCUUAUAUGUAUGUAUCACCUAUUGAUUCUUCAAUGAAAAGUCGCUUUCAAAGCAAUACAACAGUUCGAGACAUGGUUGAUCAAUUAUUUGUGGAAGAAUGGAUGGUUAAUAGAUCUUAUUCAUCCUUUUAUGAUCAAUGUUCUCCAAUCUCGUGUUCUUAUCAAAUUCAAAGAGAUGAAUAUGUUAUUUACACAAUCUCGAAAGUUUUAGGUUUAUACGGAGGGUUAACUAUUUCUUUGAAGUUGAUUAUCCCAUUUAUAAUUAAAAUUAUAUUCAAAAUUCAAAAUCGAUUUCAAAGAAAUGCAGUUGUACCUUUUCAAUAA